GGAACCUCUGGGUGCGCACGAAGAAGGGGUGCAGGCCUGCUGCGUCCCACUGGGACACUCCGAGAGACGAACGGGGGAGCUGGCAUUGGGUGGAGAAGAAGAUCUGAGCCCGGACGGAGAGGGGCGGGGGGUGCCCCGGCGAUCGAGGAGACCAGAGCAAGCAGGAGUUGGGGAAACACGGUCUCUCGCUCGCCUCGGUCCGGAGCGCACGCAGCGCGUGGGGGCGUCCGGAGCCGCGUGUCCCCUCCACCGGGACGGAGCCGGGGAUGCGCGAUCGCUGAGUGGAGAUCCGCACCGGGAGAGGCUGCGCGGGGCCGGCCCGAGCCGCGCGCCUUCGCCACCGCCGCCGCCGAGAUCCCAACGGCAGCGACUCCCAGGGACCCGGGUGCCGAGCGCUGCCCCCUUAGGCGCAGGAUCUGAACCUAAGACGAUGGUUUCCUAAGCACUGAGCUCCCCUUCCCCCUUCCCAUACUCCCCCCUCCCCAUUUCGGACUUGGUUCCCCGGAGGCGCCCCGGCCGCUGCCUCCCCAGGGCAGUUGGCACCGCCACAGGGACGCACGGGCGAUGUGGCCUCGGUCCGGCGACCGGGCCUGCCGGGGGGAUGCGAUGGCACCUGGCGGAGCCCCGGCCUAGCAUGGCAGGCGCGCUGCCCGCCGUCGCCUCCGGCUAGGAUGGCCCCUCCGGGCCCCGCCGGCGCGCACCCCAACUCGGCCGAGCCGCUGUCCCGCCGCAUCUUCCGCAAGUUCUUGCUCAUGCUCUGCUCCCUGCUCACGUCCCUCUACGUCUUCUACUGCCUGGCCGAGCGCGGCCAGACCCUGUCCGGCCCCAUCGUGGGCUUGUCGGGCGGCGGCGAGGAGGCGGGGGACCCCGAUCGCGGGGUCCUGGCCGGAGGCCCGCGGGAGCUGGCGGUGUGGCCCGCGGCGACGCACAGAAAACGCCUCCUGCAACUGCAGCGGCGGCGGCGGCGGCAGCAGCAGCAGCAGCGCCGGCCUCCGGCCCCGCGCGACGACAGCGACCAGACGGUCUGGGAAGAGGAGACCCCCGGGCUGGCGGUGGGUCCCGGAGGGUCCGGGGCUGGAAGCAGCGUGGCCGAGGCCCCGCCGGGAACCCUGGCCCUACUCUUGGACGAAGGCAGCAAGCAGCUGCCGCAGGCCAUCAUCAUCGGCGUGAAGAAGGGCGGCACGCGGGCGCUGCUGGAGUUCCUGCGCGUGCACCCCGACGUGCGCGCCGUGGGCGCCGAACCCCACUUCUUCGAUCGCAGCUACGACAAGGGCCUCGCUUGGUACCGGGAGCUGAUGCCCAGGACCCUGGACGGGCAGAUCACCAUGGAGAAGACGCCCAGCUACUUCGUGACGCGGGAGGCGCCCGCGCGCAUCUCGGCCAUGUCCAAGGACACGAAGCUGAUCGUGGUGGUGCGCGACCCGGUGACCAGGGCCAUCUCCGACUACACGCAGACGCUGUCCAAGCGGCCCGACAUCCCCAGCUUCGAGAGCCUGACGUUCCGCAACCGCAGCGCGGGGCUCAUCGACACGUCGUGGAGCGCCAUCCAGAUCGGCAUCUACGCCAAGCACCUGGAGCACUGGCUGCGCCACUUCCCGCUCGGCCAGAUGCUCUUCGUGAGCGGCGAGCGCCUCAUCCGCGACCCUGCGGGCGAGCUGGGCCGCGUGCAGGACUUCCUGGGCCUCAAGCGCAUCAUCACCGACAAGCAUUUCUACUUCAACAAGACCAAGGGCUUCCCCUGCCUCAAGAAGGCAGAGGGCAGCAGCAAGCCGCACUGCCUGGGCAAGACCAAAGGCAGGACCCACCCCGAUAUCGACCCCGGCGUGGUGAAGAGGCUGCGCGACUUCUACCGGCCCUUCAACCUCAAGUUCUACCAGAUGACCGGCCAGGACUUUGGCUGGGAUGGAUAGCAAAUAUAAUUUAAAAAAAAAAAAUCUAAAAUAUAAUAUAUUUUUUUAUCAAUCGGUACAGAAAAGGCAGUGUAAUGUUUGAGCUGGAAAUAUUUGUUUCAGUAUUUUCUUCCUUCAAAGAAUGAAGGCUCCCCCUGUUCCAUCUUCAUGUGUAACCAAUGCACCACAUUUGGGAUGAACACAACAAGAAAACUGCACUCAAUUAAAUACGCUCACCUGUCAGUUCUUAUUUUUAUUUUCCAUAUACCCUGUCAUAAAGGAUAAGUAUUAUUAAGCAUUUUAGAAUGCCAAAUAGGUGUCUUGGCUCACACCUGUAAUCCUACCUGCUCAGUAGACUGAGAUCUAAGGAUAGAGGUUUGA